GUCAUGGUCGUGUCGGUGCGGAGCUGGCUCGCCAACGAGGGAGGAAAACACUUAGUUCUGAUGCUGUGGUUGGGAGCCAACACUUGGCUGUUUGUGAGGACGUUCCUCCUCUACUUCACCGGGCACCAGUAUCACUACCUCUACCAGAUGUUGGGGGUGAGACACUCGCUUUAUCUGUCAAAUACAUUCCUUGUUUUCACGAUUGAUUUUGAGUGUGUUGCUCUCCCAAUUGUCCUUUUGUUUUCUUAGUUAACCGGACUGUGUUUUUCAUGUCAGCAUCAGCUCACAUAUUCCCAUGAGACAGACACAUGGUCUGUACUGCUUUCCUUAAAAUCCCAACCUUAGUAAAGUUAAUGCUGGAUCAAGAUGAGUCAUGUCGUCGUGAUGAAUGAAUGAAUGAAUGAAUGAAUUACACAGUUGUCACUCACCACUUAGUUUCCUUUCUGAAUCAAAAGCUCCGACAACACAACUGAUGAGUCUCCUGGUCGUACAGCUCCAUCUAUUCCUGCUGUUCAGCCUGACUGAACCAUGAAAAAAAAAAACCCCAAAAACGAUGGGGUUUAGUGAGCAGGUUGCUCUCCUGAUCCCCCCAAAUCUCUAUUUAUAUCCCUGGUGUAGUGAAGGAUGGCUGCGUGUUUGUCUCUCAUGCUUGCAGAUUUAAUGAGCCUCAGUUAUGACUGUAAAUGCUGCGGCUCAAAUGAGCCACGUGUGUCCAGCAACUGUGUCCAGACCCGGGCUCCACUGUCUGCUUUACACACACUGUGCUGACCCACGUGAGGGGCACUGGACUUGUUGUUACAAGCUAAUGCAUGUGUGAUUUUUUUUGAUGAACUUUUCUGGGCUGGUGGAGAACGUCACAUGCGUUUCAUUGGGCAUUUUCUGCACGUUUUUUACCCCCUGAGUUUUAGCUGAAAAACCAUGCAAUACUUAAAGUGUUAAAGAGGGUAGUUAAUACUACUAUUAUAUAAACAUUCUCCAAAUCAAACAGCAGUCCAGUCUGGAAGACUGUGCUACCCUAAACAUGAGAGCCAGUACAGAACCUAAGUGAUGCGAUAGCACUGCCACACCUGGUCACAUAUUAAGUUAGAAACUCUAAACACAGCAGCAAGGACGACUUGUCCAAAAAGAGGAGGGCGAGGGGCAAGUGUGGGCACGCCAGCGACUAAGACUGAGCGACGUAAGUGUGUGCUCUGACAUGUACAUGUCUGUGUGUUUCUGCAAGUGUGUGUUGAUGCGUAGGACGACUUUAUUUUAAUCUUCAAAGACAAUGUUCCACUGACUGGGCUGUUCCUGGGUGUGAAGGGGAAAGACUGAAAAGAUAUCAGAUAUCUGGCUCCAUGUUUUGUCGUCAGCUGCUCGAGAUGCUCUGUUGUCUGCGUUGUGUGUGAUUUGUCAGUGUAUUUUAAUUGUAAAUGGUCAAACACGGUGAUACUCGCCUGCGUCUUGCUACUCUUGUGACGUAUGGAAUUAGAAUUCUGUCUCUUUCAGCGAGUGCUGACUGCUAACUGGUAUUUAAAACAAGGUUGAGUCCCUCUAUCUUGCUUGUGACAGUGGGGUUGGUCUUUUCCAUGUCAGUCUUGUUCCUGGCACAAGAUGACCUAUUUGGGUUCUGGGGAUCUCUCCAAAAUAUUCAGUAUGUUAUGUUCUAUCGUGAAACAUGAAAACAAUUACACAAAUCUUUUGUGAUUUGUUUAAUAUUUGACACAUAAAUCUAUGUAUUCAUCGGUGCAUAUGUGUCUCACUCUCAUAUGACCUGUGAGAGCUUGAUGCAUACAUGUUUUAUAUACAUGGCGUAAAGAGGAGUUGUGUAAUAACUUGAAACAUUGUUGAUAUUCACAAUGCGAAGGCAUCCUGCUGUUAGAUCACAUCAUCUCUGCCAUGUGGUUGUGGAGAAUAUAAAUGAUGCUGAAAUUUAAUAGACGAACGAGUUUUUUUCCGAGGAAAAAACAUAUAUACAGACAAAAACACUGAGGUGGAGUUUGUUCUGUUCUGGGACAUUUGUACUAUGCAGAAAUUAAUACAUGAUAUAACUUGGCUAAAACAGCUGGAGACAUGGAAUGGGAAAUAUGUUCCUCUAAAAACAAAGUGAAUUAACUUAAUCCAUCAGAGGGACACAGGUUUGUCUUGGACCCAGGUGCCUCGAGCUGGACUUGAAUCAGGUUUCCUCACUUGACGACAAUGGGUUUUUCCCAAGUGAAAUGGCAGUUUGUUUCAACCCAGGAGGUGUAAUAACAAGUUGAUAUCGUCUGCUUGACGUGCACUUUUUCAUUUGAAGUGUAUUGUAAGAGAAAUGUGCUUCAUUUGGAAAGAGGUCAGGUAGAUGGACACGUGAUGGUAUGGAAGCAAUGUGGCAGAAGACAAAGAAAAAGCUCAAAACUGUGGAAGUACAUUCCUGCCUGGUAAAAUAAACACAUAACUAAAACUAAUAAUAAAUAUUACAUUGGAAAAUAACAUUUUCUGCUGAUUAAUGUAUGAUGAUCAAUGUAAAGGAAAUAGUGGAGGCACCUGUAAACUGCAUGUGCUUUUUCCAGAUCGGAACAAGGCAGUGAAGAUCAAGAAGGUGACAAACAUGAACCGAGAAAGAAUGAUUGAUGAACUAUUGCUGCCUUGUUGCCGAUGCUUACAGGCAUAAGCCUCCUGAAGCUCCUUCCUCUGGAGCUGCAGAUGCGCCUCACACACUGUUUACUUGUGAAUAAUGAGAAGAGACAGCACCGGCGGUGAACUUGGAGCCUGCAGCUCUGCAGGCCACAUGAGUCUCGCUGAUCCGUCACUAUGAAACAGCUCUAAUGAUCAAGAUGGAUUUGGGAAGCCAGAUUACACAGCCCUCUCAUGUCAGUCCAGCUGGGCCUGUGCAUCAGCAGAGCGUCUGCUUCGGCGUUGAACCUCAACUGCAGCUUGGUGUUGCUCCCCAUGUGCCGCUCGCUGCUCACCUUUGUCAGAGGGUCUCACACGGUAUCAAGCAGGAAGACUCGCCGACUCCUUGACAAGAGCAAGACCUUUCACGUGGCCUGUGGAGUGGCCAUCUGCAUCUUCUCUGUGGUUCACGUCUCAGCUCAUCUGGUCAACGUUGUCAACUUCAGUGCCAGCUACUCCGAGGACUUUCCGGCUCUUAAUCUGGCUCGGCACAAAGGAGAGGAUCCAAAGCUGAUCAUUUUAACCACAAUUCCUGGUGUAACUGGACUCCUGUUGGUCCUCAUCCUCUUUCUGAUGUUCUCCUCAUCAUCCUACUGCAUCAGGAUAUCCAACUAUGAGAUCUUCUGGUACACCCACAACCUCUUCAUCGUCUUCUACAUCAUUCUCAUGGUUCACAUGGUCGGGGGAGCUCUCAAGUAUCAGACCAAUAUCGAGGUGCACCCCCCCGGCUGCAUUAGAGUGAACCAGAGCAGUGGAAAGCAGCAGGAGGAGCUGGAGCAGCGUGAGGAGGGAGAGCAGCGGUGCAGAGAGGACGCUCAGUUUCAAGCCCACUGCCCACAGACGUGGAUUUGGGUGUCCGGUCCACUCUGUCUCUACUGUGCGGAGCGUUUGUAUCGCUACAUCAGGAGCAGCGACCCCGUAACCAUAGUGACGGUCAACCGGCAUCCUUGUGAUGUUGUCGAGUUGCGGAUGUUGAAGAAGAACUUCAGAGCCCGUCCUGGUCAGUAUGUUGUUCUCAACUGUCCCGGCGUCUCUUCCUUUGAGAAUCACCCUUUCACACUAACGGUGUGUCCAACUGAAAACAAGGACACUUUUGGCAUUCAUCUGCGAGUGGUGGGGGACUGGACCGAGCGAUUCACUCAGCUGCUGCUUCCUGAGCCAAAGAUCAACUUUGAGAUCCUCCCCGUGGUGCAGCAGAGGAGAUACCCCAAGAUUUAUGUCGACGGUCCAUUUGGAAGUCCGUCUGAGGAAGUGUUCAACUACGAUGUCAGUGUCUGUGUGGCAGGUGGAAUAGGAGUCACGCCGUUCGCCUGCGUGUUACACGCUCUCCUAGACGGCUGGAAGGGCUUCAGGUUGCAGAGGUUGUACUUCGUGUGGAUCUGUAGGGAGCUCCAGUCUUUCUACUGGUUUGCUGAGCUGAUGGUUGCGCUACACCGAAAGCUUUGGCAGGAGAACAGACCGGACUACUUUAAUCUGAAGCUGUACGUCAGUCAGCCAGACAGUUUACAGGUUACAAGAAUGUAUAAAACAUUUGAAUAUGCAGCAUCGAAUAAAACAUGUUGGACGAGAAGUACCAAGCGCUCGCAUCAAGACUGGUGGUUGGCAGACCCAAGUGGAAGUUGCUUCUGGAGGAGAUUGGAAGGACCAAUCGGCAUAAGAAGGUGGGCGUGUUCUGCUGUGGACCCAAGGGCAUCUCCAGGACCCUUCACAGACUUUGUAACGCCGGACUGUCCACCGGAGCCACUUUUGAAUUCAACAAGGAGUCCUUCAGCUGACUGGAGCGCAGCAGGAUUAAAGAACUCCCCUUUGAAUUUCAGACUUUCCUUGACCAAAUGUGUUUACUUGAGACAGAGUUUGAGUCCCGCAGCUGCACGUCAGGGGUGUCACAUCUGUGAAGCUGGAGUAAGAGGCGGACAAUAUUUAUAUUCCAAAUGCAUCGACGCAGCAGGACAAUCACUUAGCAUGCAGCAGCUCUCUGCAGCCUGAAUCGCCACUUCACUGGAGAGGAGGUGCUCCGGCUCGUUUUGGACACAAAAUGUUGCACAGGAAAACGGACAUCAGUCAUCUGUUGGUCGAGGGGUGAGACAGUAACUGGCACUGUGAUGCCUCAGGUUUAACGUUCAACCAUCCUAGUGUGUCUCUGUACACAACCUUCUUAAAGUGAGCAGGGGCACACACACUUGCAAUGCCAUCACCUGUUUCAUGUGUGUAACAAUGGGCACAGUUUCACCAGAAAUAUGAUCGAGGAUCAUCAAUAAAGACAACUAAUGCUGUAGGUACAUUAUUAUUGUUGACAUUUUCUGUAUGAACAAUGUUAUUUUCCACCUAUGAAUGUGUUGGAUUGAAUCAUGUAUUUAGUAUUGCAACACUGAAACACAACAGAAGCAACACUUUAGAGUAAU